AUGUUAACGGAUGAAUUAAUAAAGGAAAAUGUGAAAGAAAUUUUUCUCUCCUACAACGAUAUGAUACGAGAUGAUCAAAGUGAAACAAGUGUUGAAUCAUAUAAAGACGUAAAUAAUUUUUUAGAAGAUUCAGAUAAUGAAUCAUAUUUCACAUAUUCAAAUGAAAGUGAUAGUUCCAGUAUUUAUAACUCUGAUACGACAGAUGAAAAAAAUAUUAAAAUUUAUUCAUAUGUUAGUAGAAGUUUUAUACCAAAAAAAGAUAAAAAAUAUAAAAAGUUUCAUACAGUUAGCUAUAUAAAUAAUAUGAACAGCAUUGUUAAUUUCCCACUUAAAAAUUAUGGUAGCAUACUCAUUUCCGAUAAAAUAAGAAAGAUAAAAAAUUACCAAUGGAAACCACCAGGAAAAAAUAUUCCUUCCAUUUCCUCAAUAAAAUUAUCUCAUAAAAAAGCUUGGGAUAUAGGAAAAGAAGGAUGUAAUGGAUUACUUAUUGAAAAUUUACUUGAAAGUUAUAAAAAAAAAAAAUUAAACUAUAUUGUGUUAGAUGGAACAAAUAUAGAAAAUUUUUUAACAGUGUAUACUCAUUCAUACCAAGACACAAUUAAAGGUGUAAACUCAAGUAUAUUGAACACUUUCAGUUUUUACGAUUUAGAAGAAGCUCAUUUCUUAUAUGAUAUUAAAAGUAUUCACAUAUAUAAAGAUAUAAAAAAAAAAAAAAAAACCAUUAUAUUAAAAGAUUUAAACGAUAAUUUUUUUAAUGCCAUAUUGGUUUGUAUGAAUGAGAUAAUCAUUUAUUUGAAAAUAUUUAAUUUAAAAAAAAGUCUAUUAAAUAAAUCCAAUAAAAAAAAAAAAAAAAAAAACUUAGAUGAGGAGAUUUACUUUGUUAAAUCUGUUAAAAAUGAGAAUAAUCUAUAUAAAAAUAGAAUAAAAGAUGUUAUAUCCGCUAAUAAAAGAAAAAGUAUAAAAUAUAAUUUUACUGAUGUAAAAAAUAUAGAAAAGGGAAAUGUAAACAAUUUAAUUUGUUUGGAUGAAAAUAAUGAUCAUAUUAAAGACAAGUUAAAAUUGUCUAAAAAAUUUCCAUCGAAUAACUCUGAAAAAUUUUGUUAUAAAUAUCUAUGUGAUGCGUUGAAAAAAGAAGAAAAUGAAUUAAAAGAGUUUAAUAAAAAUGAUGAUAAUGCUAAAAAUGAAUAUACAUCUCAUACAUCAGAUAGCAAUGAACAGUAA